CGGAGAAACCGCGACGCCGCCCGACCGAAUUAUCCCUCGCUCCAUGUUGUCAGGCGUGUAGUAUUCGUCUAACCCCAGGCAUUUUGCCAACGGUUCAAAGUGGUUCUUUGACGGAACCAACUACCAUUUCUGCUCGUCUCCCGAUUCUCCCACAAUGCGGGAAAGCAACACCCUUAUGCGACUGCGCCUGGUUGUGCGUCGCCAUGCUCUUCCCGAGGUCCGCGUGGUAUUUGUCGUGCAGCUCGACACCGACCCAACCAUCGUGAACCUUUUGGAGCAGGUGAACGAGAUUGUUCCCCUUGAAAGCAACGACUGGGGUCUGGAGGAUUACGCCGUCGAGCUCCGAGACUCCAGCGGUCAUGCCUUCGACUGCCUGCACUUUCAACAGGUUUCUUUGGUUUUGAACAAUGAUGAACAAGUCUUUAUUCGUCCACUGGACAUUGGAGAUCGCCGCAAGCGUAGAUUGAGCGGGAGAGACCAGAUCACAGCCGACGGCAGGCACCUGAUUGACGGCGUGCCCUUCGGCCGUCCGCGUCUCAGGGGCCCGAGAGAUCGACCACCCAUCGACAUCCCCCCUCUCAAACGUCGGAGGAUUACCUUCGAGGCCGACGAAGAAGAUGACGAGGAACCGAGAUUCCUCCUGACCGAGCAUGGCGAGGACGAUAGAUCCGACCGGCGUGUCCGCAUCCGAGCAGCAUUUGAUGACGUCGAACGCGAUGGGUCUGAAGGCGACGAAGAUGAUGCAGACGACGAUUUCGUAGAUGAGGAUAGUGACGAGGACGAGGGUGACGAGGCCAUCGAAGGCGGAAUCGACGGAUCCGACCUGGAAGCCGAGUUGCGUGAUCUUCAAGAGGACAUCGAAGAGGACGAUGAAGAAUUACAAGACACGGCGUCCAUCCAACCUAAUUCCACGCACAAGAACACCCAGCCUUCAGCGUCGGGGGUUGUCGCGAGACUGGAUCUCGAGACGCUUGACAAGAUAACAGCACUCCGAGCGGCGUUUCCGUCGGUCCCAGCUGACGCUUGCGAACGAGCUCUAAAUCAGCAGCAAGGAAGCACGAAGCUAGCAUAUCUCAGAUUACGGACCCAGCAUCAACCUGCUAUGCCCCUUGAUGCCAUCCUCUCCUAUGUUGGUUCUUCCCCACCCAAAGCCACAGCAACCGAGAAUGCCGCAUCUGAUGAGAGCGAGGCAGAAUCGGUAGCCUCCAUGGUUAAGCAUUACGACCAGCACGGCUUCCCCAGCGGCUCCAUCUUGGCCGGAACGGCGGCCUCUCAGACGGCAGAGGCCAUGCGGAAAUCCGGACAUUCCGUAAAGGUUCCAGUCCAUACCAAGUUCGACGACAUUGUUGCGGUUCCAGCUAAGAAAGUAUCACUUUCCCCCUCCUUUGGCGAGAGAGACAGUUCUGGCGAGUCCGACAGCGAAAGCGAGAGCGAUAAUGGAAGUGAGGGUGACAGUGACAAUGACAGUGGCCCGGAGGUAGCAUCGUCCAAAAUGGCCGAAGCAUCAGGCAGCGCAAGGUUCUUUGGCGGGAGGGGUUUACCGUCCUCAAGCGAGGGCGAGGAUGAGACCGGAGAAGAAAGAGGAAGUGACCGUUCCAGCGAGGACGAAGCUACCAGCAGCGACAGUGACGACAGCGAAGAAGUCGACGAGAGCGCGAGUCAUGGUAGCGACGGCGGCAGCGACAGUGACGACGAUAGCAGUUUCAACGAUGACACGGAUGACAGUAACAAGGGCAGAGGUCAAGAAGCCGGUGGUUCUGCUGACAGCUCAGCCAGCAGCGACGAGGCAGACUCGUCCAAUGAUGACGAGUCAUCAGACGACAGCGCGGAGGAAGCUCCCCAGACCCGCUCAGUCAAUGCAGAGGUCAUCACUGCAAUGGAACCACCUGCUACCCAAGACCAGGAUGCCCAGGAACCACAGUUGGAUGCGACACCACCGGAGCUCAAGAGCGGCUCCGCCGAAACCCCGCGACCGGUGCCGCCCGGACAAGGGAAAAGGUCUACACAGAAACGCAAUGCCCGCAGAAAAGCCGCUCGGAUGGCACAGAAAGCCGCCGGCGGAGGCGAACCGUUACCACCAACUGCCGUUCCGUUACCUGCAGCAGAGACACUGGAGCUUCUCGAGUCAGUGGCAGCCAAGAAAGCGGCGCUGCUUCGGCGAUUUGGCGAGGUGCAUGAGCUCAUCUCACAAGAAGCGAAGGAAGCAACAGUCAACGACAGGGAACAGGAUUCUGCUCCUUCGAACGCGCCUGUGGUGGAGAAGUCGACGCGCAUGGACGGCACUCGGCCCUUGAACAACCACACUCCGCUUAACUCGGUCGAUGGUCAUCCGCGACGGUUUGAUGAUCAACCCGAAGAACAAGCUGAUCCUGAGGCAUGGCGGAAAAAGAUCGCAUACCGCGCGGUGGAAUGCUGCCAGGAGGGGAUUAAACUCAGCGAGCCGCCUUUUCCGUUUGUGCAGCGAUGGGAUCCGCAGCAACAAUUUGUCCACAGAGACGGGAACAAUCGCGGUGGGCGCUCGAAGCGGAAACAGCGGAACCGGGAAGAGUUCUUGGAAGGUAGCCGGGCCAGCACCAAGAGACAGAAAUACGGGAAUUCCAUGGACUACGAUGGCGAUGGUGAGUCGUACGCCAACGACACAACCGGCUACAAGGAGACGAUCCUCAACUACGACGAGGAGUCGCCGGAAACUCGGGAGCAGCCGGAACAAACGUCGGUGCACCCUGCAGACGAGGAAGAGGACUUGCCACCCCUUCCAACCGACGUAUCAACAUUACCGAAACUCCGCCCCGGCGAUGCGGUGGCCGGCAUGAUUGUCUCAUGGAAGCAAUUGCUGCUCUCAAAGGCCACCAACUGGCAGCCCCAGGUGUCCACUCUCACAGGCAUUGUGGUCGACGUGUUGGGCGGCAACACCUUGGAGGUUCGUCUUGCCAAGCGCGACCGAAACAUCGACCGCAGCGAGAGGGUGUAUGACGACGACGGACACCGGGUCUAUGACAAGUUUGAGGUGCCGGACAUGGAUGAUGAAGAUGAUGAAGCCGCCGAACAAGGGUAUCGGACCCUGGAGCUGGCGGAUAUGAUUGAACCCCGUGUUCUUCAAGCCGCCCCUGGCGUUGUUGAGGUUGCGCCGUCGCCCAAGGAACCGUCUGUCCCUGGCCAACGGGAUAUGAUGCGCGAUGCAGUUCAACAUGAGGAACGGUCGUCUAAAGACAAAGUCUCGACUACCCCUGACCAAACACAGGCGGGUCCACAUGAAACCGAUACUCAAGAUAUGGACGUUGACACCUACGGCGGCGGUGGCCAGAGCAUAGUAUCCGAAACUCCUGUCGCUCGGAAACCCGAUGCUUCGAUUUCGGAAGACCGGCGCCACGAAUUCAGUCUCCGCAUCAAUGAUGCGGGUUUUCGCAAGGAUGUCGAUCCCUCAGUCACCACCUUUCCGAACAGCGCAGGCUUAGAUCUAAGCAGUCCGUCGAGACAGUUGGAAGAGAUGUCUCAUGACGCCACUACCAUCAUCGGCUCUCAGGCCGCGCAAUCCCAGAGCCAAGCCAGCCCGCAGCUGCCAUCACAAACAACAUUGAAUAACGUGGACUCCCAGCCGAUUUAUCUCGAGCCUUUCCACCGUCUCUCUGACCCCAUCUCGGAUCCUCAUGAUGGGCACGAUGAACGCCGAGAAGCAUAUACCGCGCUGGAUGUUCUGCCAUCUGAGACGGCCAGCCCUCACAGUGGAAGGCAGGUCGACCCGGCUUUCAGCAUCGAGUUAGGCACCGGUGAUGAUCCCUUUCCCGACAUGGACGAUCCUGCCUUGGUGUCCCGCUCAACCUUAGGUCGUCACAGUGACAUUGGAGAGAACCCUGCGGUCCCCAAGAAGGAGCAUGACAACGACACAGGGUCAAAGUCGGACUCUUCUUUUGCCUCGCUGAGCGACCCUUGGAAAGAAGCCUCGACGAACGGAUCGUUUAAAUCGCCCACCGAGAGUGCCGUCAUGUCGGCCCUCAAAGUCCGGAAGCCGGAUGUGACUCCUGAUUUGGAGUACGAAGAAGCUAUGC